AUGGCCUCACUCAUUUCGUCAAGUUUGUUACAAAGAAGACUUUUAUCAACUUCAAAAUUUGCCAGAGGAUUUGCUUCCCCUUCAAGUUCAAAUCCUAUCAAGGUUCCAUUAAUUCUUUAUGGUAUUGAUGGAAGAUAUGCUACGGCUUUAUAUACAGCAGCAUUAAAAAAAAACCAUCUUAAUGAUGUUGAAAAAGAGCUUCAUCAUAUUAAGGAUUUAAUUGAGAAAGAUCAAAAUAUUAAUAAUUUUUUGGGGGAUCCAUCUUUGAGUAAAAAUAAAAAAGAACAAGGAAUCCAAAAGGUUUUAAGUCACCAGAAAUAUUCUGAUGUUACAAUAAAUUUUUUUAAAGUUUUAGCAGAAAAUAAUAGGCUCAAUGAAACAUCCAAAAUUAUCGAAGCAUUUAAUUUAAUAAUGACUGCUCAUAGAGGAGAGGUUCCUGUUAAUAUAAUUACUGCAAAAGAAAUUGAAUCCAAAAUUUUAAAUCAAUUAAAAACUCAACUUGCUAAAAGUAAAUUUGUUAAUCCCAAUCAAAAAUUAAUCGUUAAAAAUAAAGUUAACCCUUCAAUUCUUGGUGGUUUGAUUAUUGAAUUUGGAGAUGAUAAAACAAUUGAUUUAUCAGUUGCAUCAAAAUUUUCAAAAUUAAACAAAAUAUUAACUGGAACAGGAGGAGCUCUUAAAAUUAGAGGAGUGUUUUUAUCUAGAUAUUAUCCAUAUGCUAAAAAAAUCUAUUCACCUAAACCAACAUGGGGCAAUCAUAAUGCUGUAUUUAAAGAUUACAGUUUAGAAAUAGAUUCAUACAGAUAUUAUGAUAAAACCAAUGGAUUUAAUUUUAAUGGAUUGCUAGGAGUAGAUCCAACCCAACAACAAUGGUAA